AUGGUUCGAAAUCGCAGAUACCGUUCCUUUGUCAUUUUCAGCGUCAUUUUUGGUCUCGUUCUCCUACAUUUUAUAAGAUCGCGAGAACGGUCUAGUCAAUGGACGGAUCCAACCGCAAAUCCGAAAGUAGCUCCUGCGACGAUCCCUCACGAUUCAGCUCCCCCCCACGACCCGAUUCUUCCCCAUGAUCAUGAUGCUGCAGCCGAGAUCAAGUUUGAUUCGACACAUCGCAUUGAAGUUCCCACCAUCCCAAAAGCGCAGCCCUUGGAUACCAAAAAUCCGUCGACACAGGAGACCGCGAAACAGAAAGAAUUAACCGAUGGCGAGAAAUCGAAGCCAGAGACAAUUCAGAAACCUCCCACCCGUCCUGCUACCGAAGAUGCCAAGUCAAUUGAUACACCGUCUGUAGUGGACUCUGGUCUCAAAUCCUCUGGCGACAAGUCUUAUGGCGAAACUACUAAGAAACCAGAUUCCCACGCCAAGGUUCAACCAGAUUUACAGACCGAAACUAAGCCCACCAAACACUGGGAGAAGCUGCCUGAACAUUUCCCCAUCCUUGAAUCCAGUCUCAUUCCACUGCCCUCUGGCGAGCCCAAAAAGCUACCCAAGCUUCAGUUCAUGACUAAGGUUGAGACCUCUACGCAAUCGAUCCUACGCGAACAACGGCUUGCGGCCAUCAAAGAAGAAUUCGAGCACGCAUGGAGCGGAUAUACAAAGUAUGCGUUGGGUCAUGACGAGGUUCGGCCUGUGAGCGGUGGCUUCAGAGACCCAUUUGCAGGAUGGGGCGCCACACUCGUCGACGCAUUAGACACGCUAUGGAUUAUGGGAAUGAAGGAUGAAUUUGCCGAUGCGCUUGAAGAAGUCAGCAAAAUCGAUUUCACGACCUCUUUCCGAACUGACAUUCCCGUUUUCGAAACUGUGAUCCGUUAUUUGGGUGGCCUGAUAGGCGCGUACGACGUUUCAGGUCAAAAACAUGCAGUUUUGUUAGACAAGGCAGUGGAGUUGGCCGAAAUCCUGAUGGGUGCCUUUGACACGCCCAACAGAAUGCCUGUCACAUACUACAACUGGGCUCCUGAGCAGGUAGCUCAGCCUCACCGUGCCAGUACCAGUGUCGUUUUAGCCGAAUUAGGUUCUCUGUCUGUAGAAUUUACUCGGCUGGCUCAGUUGACCCAGGAACAUAAAUAUUAUGAUGCGAUUUCACGUAUCACCGACGAGCUCGAGCUUAUGCAAAAUAACACGAGACUUCCUGGUAUGUGGCCGCUGCAGAUUGAUGCGUCUGGGUGCAAAAAGGUUACUCCAAAGCCUCCAAGUCUCACAACUCUCGGUCAAAAGUCGGAUAUUAAAGUCAACAAAGACAGAGACUUAGAAACACCAACACCCACCCCCACACCAAAGCCCACUACAAAGCAUACGACUAUACCGAAAGAUUUGGAGAAGCGUGAAGGUGGGCUGGAAGCUGAUGCUCAACCUGCAGACUAUGAAAAAGAAACAAAGAUGACGUCGACUGCGAAAUUGACGUCGUUCCCAAAUAAGGAAUGUGAGAAACAAGGUCUUGUAUCGUCCAAGUCUAAUUCAGACCGAUUUGGCUUGGGAGGACAGUCUGAUUCAACUUAUGAAUAUCUCCCCAAAGAAUUUAUGUUGCUUGGCGGUCUUAACGACCAAUAUCGCAGUAUGUAUGAGGUUUCGAUGGAACCAGUGCGAAAGACACUGCUGUUCCGGCCCAUGCUACCAGAACAAAGAGAUAUUCGCUUCUUGGCUACUGUGCAAGUCUCUGAUCCUGGUCCAAAUGAUGAAGAUGGCGAGAUAAACAUCGAGUAUACUUAUGAGGGUACCCAUCUCACCUGCUUCGCUGGAGGCAUGUUUGCCGUGGGAGCAAAACUGUUUGGAAUUGAUGAGGACAUGGAUAUUGCAACCAAAUUGACCGAUGGGUGUGUAUGGGCAUACGAAUCCACAAACACUGGCAUUAUGCCUGAAGGCUUUGAGGUUCUCGCUUGCGAUGACCCACUUCAUUGUCCCUGGAACGAAACGAGGUAUUUGGAUGUCAUGGAUCCCUAUGAGACGUCUCGCAUUCAACAAGCAGAGGCCUGGUAUGAGCGCGAGCUGCUGAACGCAAAGCAAGCCCAAGAAGCGUCACCCGGAAAGAAGCCCAUUCUUGUUCCUCCAAUGCGGGUUUAUGGGUCUGACGAAAGUAAUGCCCCUAGCGAGAAAACCUAUGCUGGUAUUGCCAAACGUGAGGCCAGCAAUUCUGGCAUUGAUGACUACGACGAACAUGCACAUCUUUCUGCUUCGAAGCCGAGUGUUGAAACCCAAGAGAAUCCGAAAUCACGCCUUGAUACUACUAAAGUCGAGAAUGAUGGGCUUCCUAUCAAACCUACAGUCCUUUCGCAUAAGGACUACGUUGCUAACCGCCUUGAACAAGACCAUAUUCCUCUUGGGUAUACAAAAAUUCAAUCCCGAAAGUAUAUUCUUCGACCGGAAGCUAUCGAGUCUGUCUUUAUCAUGUACAGACUUACAGGAGAUGACACGUGGAGAGAAAAAGGAUGGAAGAUGUUCCAGUCCAUUGCACGAUACUGUCGCACACAGCUUGCAGACUCUGCCAUUUCCGACGUCACUAGCACAACCCCCGAGCUCCUUGAUGAGAUGGAGUCAUUUUGGUUAGCAGAGACCCUGAAGUAUUUCUAUCUCUUAUUCAGCGACCCAAGUGUCGUUAGUCUUGAUGAUUAUAUUCUAAACACCGAGGCACAUCCGUUCAAACGGCCAGUGUCAUGA